AGUUUUUUCCUUAAAGCUUCAUAUAUACAUAUAUAUAUAUUUUUCAGUUACAAAGGGGCAACAUUCAGAAAAAAAGGAUGCUAUGGAUGAGGGAUGCGGUGAAUGCCCAGCCAGCGCUGGAUACAGUCACCAAACAGCAGCUGAUGCUUCCUGCUUCGGAGGCAUUCUCCAUGUUUCCCGACAACACAGUGCUGCGUGUGUUUCAAGUAGACGCCCUUGCUACCCAAGAAGAUAUACUUGAUAUACUCCGAAACAGUCUAUUUCAAGUAUUCAGCAUUCCCCCUUUUAAUUCCUUUCGUUUCGCAUAUCAAGAGGAACUGACGCUGGGGUUGGAUACAUUUCUUUAUUAUUUUUCGACGUGGAGGCUGGGACAGUCGGUUGGUGAUCGCAUUCAUAACUUGGUUAUGCGCGACGAGGAAAGCGCGAAGGCAAAAGGUUUGCAGUCUUCCACCUACCUAGUUCCCUGUUUAGCCCCAACACGACGCCUUUUGGUAGUACACGCAGUCCUUACGCUGUUGGUACCAUAUGUGUGCCGCAAAAUACAGAGGAUAAUUCUGAGUGAGGGGUGGGAAAGAGAGGAACCCUCCACAUGGAAGCAUAUUUUUGCAAAAACUUUUCGCUAUGCCGCCACUGGGUGGUCUUUCUUCUCGGUAGUGAACACACUCCGUUUCCUUGUCACUGGAGGGUAUCGCACACCAAUUGAGUAUCUUCUGUCUUUGCGUAUGGUCUACGGCAGCCAGAAGAUGAUCCGUUUCACUAAUCUAAUCUAUCUUAAUCAAUACCUAUGGUGGACGACAUGGACCUCGUUGCUUUCGGUGCUUAACUUCGGAAGCUACUUGCGGCGCCUGCUUCACGCCGUCCAGUCCGUGACGUCAGCGGCCAGCGGCGGAUUGAUCACGGGGGAUACAGUAUGCUGUGUAUGCCACCACACCCCAACAUUGAGCCAGCGCUCUAACUGCGGACACCUCUACUGCUAUUACUGCAUUAAAAGCCGCCUUAUGGACAGCGAGUCGUCAGGAUCUUUCCGUUGCUACAGGUGUGGUCAAGCAGUGCACAAUUGCUUUUCUGAUACAUAAAACAAAAUAUAGUUUAUAUGAGAGAGAAUUGUAAAAAAGUUCAAGGUAAAAAAAUCACACACACUCAUACAUAUAUUUAUAUAAAUAUAUGUAUGUAUAAUGAUGACUAUGAUUAUUAUUAUUAGAAGGAUAUUUUCACAUUAGAUGGUUUAAGCGUAUUGAUUCACGCAAUUUGGAAUAAUUAAUCCUAAUGCUGUAUUUAAUAUCUAUAUAUCUAUCUAUGUCUACAACUAUAUAUGUUAACAUACC